AAAGCUAUAAACUCCAAAUAUUAAGUAAAGGACAAAGAAAUAAGUAAGAAAAACGUUAAACUAAAGAGAAAACGCAGGAGCAGCUGAAACAGGCUGCAUGCUGGGCGACACAUGCACACUUUACCUCUUCUUCAUCAUCCUUUGUCUAGCUAUCCAUCCACUAUCCCUCUUCUGCAAACGCUCAAACCUUCUUGGCUUUGCUAACUAACAACUAUAACAUUUUGUAAAAAGUAGCUUUUGUAUUUUGUGGUGACCUUGGGUGGGGUAAGACAGCAUACCUAUUAACUUGUUUUACUGUCAGUGGAAAAUCAUUAAUGAAAGUUUGCUAGUGUCUCCUUCCAGCCCAUCUGAGAGUUACAAAAAUACAGUAGGCGUCAAGUCACUCAUAUCACAACAAUAGCACAAUGAGGAAGUUACCUUUUUAUGGUCUUGUUCACUUUAUAGAUCACUCACUCAGGUAUACAGGUGUCACAGUUCAGUUGUGAGGAUUUCCAGAAACAGCCAAGAAACUGUUCUUCCUGCUGCUGCUUCUGAUCUGCUCACAAAUCAGAUGGAGGCAGAUAAAGAUAGAGAUACUGCUAACCAGCACAUCGCACUCCAGCAACCCUAUCCACAGGACAUCCACGCUGUGCUGAGAGAGCUGACCGCCGCAUUGGCUGAACAGAGGGUGAAGAUUGCAUUCCUAGAAAAAGAGAAUCAAGACCAUGUGACAAAACUGAAAGAACUGGAAAAAAAGGAGAUUGAGACUGACAAGAAGGUGGAGCAGCUACAAGUCAAACAGGUGGCUUUCUCAGCCUCUCUGCUGGAUCAAGGCCAUGGAGACAUUGGACCCUUUAACACUCAGAUUACUCUGAUCUUCAAACAUGUUGUCACAAACAUUGGAAAUGCCUACAACCCACACACAGGUAUUUUCACUGCACCAGUAAGAGGAGUCUACCACUUUGACUGGAGCUCAUAUGGAUAUGGAAACAUUGGUACAGGUGGUGUGUUGUUCAGGAAUGGAGAGAACAUUUUUCUUGCAUAUGAACAACAAACAUCUGGCGGUGUGAGCGCCUCUAAUGGAGCCUCACUGCUUCUAGAGGUUGGAGAUCAGGUGUCUGUACGUCUCUGGGCUGGUGCAAGGAUACAUGACAAUCAAAACCAUCAAACCACUUUCAGUGGUCAUCUGAUCUUCACCAUGUGAGAGGUGUGACAGCUCCAACAUUUCCUGUUUGGACUGUCCUGUGUGGGCAGAGCUUGCGAUUUUUAGAAGUAAAACAGGAAGUAAAUCACCUGCUGGUUUUGUGUUUAUUUGUUUCUGCUUCUCCUCUGAUUCCACUGACUCAGAUAAUUUACUUCUUCUUCUUAUCUUUGAUUCAAAUAAAUCCAGUUAAAUGUUCAGUGAUUCUCUUCUCUUUGUCCUUUCUUUGUGUCGGCUCUUCAUAAAGUGCUGCUCCUCCAUUAGGUCAUGACUAUUUUUAAUAAGUUGGUAAACUGCAUUAUUCUUUAUUGGCUCCACUGUCCUGUGUUGGUCAGUCUGUUAUUUUGGUGACUGCUGGCCCACAUCUUUGCUUUUAACUGGAGUCUUUCCUGUUAAGUUGAGCAAAAUCCAACAGUUCCUCUUUUUUCUCUUCUUUGAUGAUCACGCAGGUAUUUUUCUUAAACACUUAACAGAUGUGAAACUUAAUCUGACUAUCAUGAUAAAAAUGUAAACAGCUGAUUUAGUUUGAUAUAAAAAUGUGUGUCAGUGCUGUGGAGGAAUUUCUA